GAGAGCAGGAACUGUCCGUUCAACCGAGCGAAAUAUUUGCAAGCCGGUUCUGUGUUUUGGCAUACCGAUUUAUUAUUUAGCCUGAGUAAAACUAGUGUCGAGUUAAGCCAAGUGAAAGACCAGUGCAGAGCCAUUGCGGCGCUUUCAUCGUCACUGGGGCAAGUAGAAAACGUCAUUCUGAAAAUUUUCACACUCUGCAAUUUGCCUUCCUUGCUCCACAGACAAGUGAAACCAAAGAAAGGUCGUGCGUCAACAUGGAAGCCGCCGGAGUGGCGUCAGAGAUGCGGCACUAUCUGUUUGUCUAUGGAACUCUGAAGAGUGGCGAGGUGAACCACAACAUCUUGUGUGACACCAACAACGGUCGCUCUACGCUAGUUGGCCAGGCGAGGACGCUCAAGAAAUGGCCGCUAGUUCUCGUAUCCUCGUUUGAGCUACCUUGUCUGCUGCCUUGCGAUGGUGUGGGCCACGAGGUGUGCGGUGAGGUGUACCAAGUGGAUGACCGGAUGUUGGCCGUCCUCGACCGCCUCGAGUCGCAUCCCGACAUCUACGUUAGGUCGCUGGAAGACGUCGGGUUGCUUUCGCAGGCCGGCGGCGAGCUCAAAGCGUGGAUCUACUUCGUGCGCAAAUUUGAGCGAGAACUGCUGUCGCUUCCUUACGUGGUUAACUACACCGGAAAACCAGGAAUCGAGUGGCCAGACUAUAUCGGCGACAAUGAGCAAACAGGACGCUUCCUAGACGCCACAUACACAUCGUCACAAACGGGGACGGCAACUAAGGCUAGCUCUCACAAUAGCUUUAAACGUUCUGGAGAAAACCUAUACCAACGCCUUUCUUAGGAGUAGGAGGAAGAUGUUUGCUGCAGGAGGAUCAAGCCUUGUCCAUCUGGUAUGGGUGCCAGGGCACGUGGGGCUCACUUUAAACGAAUCUGCAGACACACUAGCAGCGGCAUCUCUUAACGGCCCGGUACUGAGGUUCCUAAGACCUUCGGCAUACGUCACUUCUGCGAGAUUUAAAAAAGAUUUCUGUCCAAGAAGAACAUGCCAAAUCAUGUGUACUCAAUAACACCGAUUUUCAGCACCUUAGGUUUCCUCGGCACAGCAGAUGGUGUUCAACAAGAAAAUUUGAAGUGUCGUUUACUACAAUGCGUUGCCGAAUACCAAGGCUUAAUUUCCAUUCCCAUAGGUCUGGUUUGGCGCCUUAAUUCCCCUCAAUGCUUUUAUUGCAAUGAA